AUGUCUACAAACGAACAACAACAACAAAAUACUGAACAAUUAACCAUGCUCAAGGAACGUUUUCCACAUAUCAACGAAAACAAAUUAACUCGUGUCUUACAACGACAUGGUGGAGAUUUUGAUAAGGUAUAGUUCUUUUUUAUUUUAAAAUAUAAAUUAUAUUGCCCGCUAAUGCCUCUCAUGCGGGGGAAUGGAGGUUGUUUGAUAUUCAUAUAUCAACGUAAAAAAAACUAAAUUAAAAAUUAUAUUUUAGCAUAAUAUAUUUCGUAUAUAUAUAUAUAUUUCUUAAUCAGGUUUGUGCACGUCUUAGUCAA